CUCUUAUACCAGUUUUCUUCACCUAUUGAAUGCUCAGUAAUGUUUUCUUCCUCUGCCUCGAAAUAAACUAAGAAGAAAAAAAGAACCCAGAAAUGUUCGUUGACUGAACAAUAAUUUAUCAAAUACGAAAAUGGCAAUAUUGGGUGCAAGGCCAAUUGGCUUCUCAACCUUUCCGUCGUCUACUUCAUAUCUCAGUUCCAGUUCCAGUUCCAGUUCCAGACUCGCCUCCUCUUCAUUGCCUUCCACACUAUCAAUGGUUGUGGUCGGAAAAUCAAUUAUUUCCCGCGGAUGUGUCGCCUGUUCCGCUGUUCAAGAAUCUUCUACUCCUACAGUCACUGCUGGAACAAACGCUACUCCUGUGGAAGUAAAACCAUCAGCCGCCGCUGGUGGUGGUAGUGAUAAGGAGGAAGCGAAGGCAGCAAAGCCCAAACCCGCUGCGAAGGCUCCUGCUAAAGCAUUGCCGGAGUUGAUGCUGGAGGAUGUCAUCCCUUCAUUGAAAACAAUACUGGAAACUCAAGAUGAUAUAUCUGAAAUUGAACUCACUUUCCAAGACAACAAGUUGGAAGGUUCAUUCCUGAAGGAGGGCUGUCCCUACUGGUUCUGGGCCUUCUUCCCUGAUGGAGUCCUUACAGGUCCAAAAGGAUUCUCCUUGUCUUCAUAUGGCUCAGGAGCAAGCACUGUGGAGCCUUUCCUUGUUGAUGAGAAGAAAAUUACAGCAAGGCAUGUAGUGUUCUGGGUUGAAAAGCGUUUGGCAGCCCAAGGAAUUAUUCCUGUCUGGAAAGAAUGAUGUAUACCAUAAAUAUAUUGCCAUGUCAC